CCAUGGCCCGAGGCAGAAUGAGAAGGGUCGAGCAAGUUUUCUCCCCCACUCCCUCUCACGUCUGAGCCGAAAAAAGGAAAUCCCCCUUUUUCUUAUCAUUCCGUCUGUGACUGUUGCUGUGACUGAGAGACUCAAUUCCAUCUCCUUGGACGUUCUUUCGUACCGGACCGACGACCCCCAUCCGGACAAUGGAGAUGUUUCAAGCAUUCCGCGAUAUGAAAGGAGGGCCGACCUACUACAAAGAGGUGCACCGAUCGAGGGCCUUAGUGGAUUUCAAUCUCGUCGUCAUCUUUCUCGUCUUCGUCACCGCCUUGGUCGGUAGUGGAAUCUCUUUGCUCAUCUCUCGACGAAAGAAAAUCAAUACUAUUGCCAUGCUGGCUCUCUUGAUGGGCACGAUUUUAUGCAUCUCCACUGACUUUGAAAGCACCGAAUGGCUGUACGGCCACGCUCUGGCAACCGAUUCGUUGACCUUUGCGAGACCGAAACUUGAGGUCUACGAGGUCGGUCUCCAUGUUGGACUCCAUGGAGUUAAUAUCACCUUGACCUUGGCAGACCCUAUACGCCAGCAAUUCCAGGACAUUUACUUCAACGAGUACUUUCAUUGGGACGAGCCGACUUCUCUGAACCACCAGAAGGGAGACGCCCUUUUGAGGGGUCUUCCAGUACCCAUAUUGACGGUAUUAGAAUAUCUCAGCGCCCCUGAAACCCUCUGCAUCGGAUCUCAUUUGAGGUAUAUAGCACACUGGACGUCGUGGAUUUUGUAUGCAGCGGGAUGGAUUUGGGCUUGGACAUUCAUCCUCUGUAUGGCAGUGCCCAAUCACUCCUGCUAUGGAUUCAUGGGCUGUGGCGCUUGUCUCCUCAUUUCUGUGCUCUUUUACGGCGUCCAAGCCGCCAACAUAGUCUUCGACAUUCGCAUCAACGGCUCGAUUCUAUGGAUGAGUUGGGGGUGGAACUUCUGGUUCACCGUAGUCAUGGGUGCGGCUAAUUUAUUGACUGGAUUCUUCCUACUAUUCUGGAAAGACACGAACGGACGGGAAUUUGCCACCGCCUUGGAAUUCGGCUUCGACACUCCCUUCUACUGGCCUGACGUGAAGGAUCCCCUCCAUGCGAAACAUUUGGAAGGCACGAAGCCAUCAACUCCGGCAUGGAUGCAGGUAAUGGUAAUGGGACCGACCCCACCGAAGGAGGAGGAAAUCCGGAUCUUCUUACCUUCUCCACCGACCGUAGAGAUCUCGAAAUCCGAGACUCUAUGCCGGGAUGCCACCGCCGUUCUCAUCGACCAGCCUGCCAAACCCACCGUCCGUUUCUGCUUUGACAACCUCGAACCCAACCCGUACUCGGGUAAAGGAAGGAGUUCUCCGGCAGCGCUGGAGCCCGUAUCACCGACAGUUGUGCCAAAAUCUCCGAUACACUCCAAUGUCCGCUAUCGAGCACCGGAUGAGGGAAAUGACGCAUGCCCCGAAUGAUGACCGAUUUCAAUCCCAACUACUUUCACGUGACGAAUUGACUGUGAUAAAUCCGGCAGAUGAAUUUUAUUCCAUUAGAUGAAUAACUGAAUAAUUUGUAUAAAAAUUUGGGGAAC